AUGGCAGACGCAGUGGUUGCAUUUGGUUUGCAUUUUCUCUGGGAGCUUCUCAUUCGAGAAUCCAAUCGGCUCAAAGCAGUCCAAGAACAAGCCACCGAGCUGCAAAACGAUCUGAGACGGCUAAAAUCUUUCGUGAAAGACGCAGAAGCAAGAGCGAGAGAGUUAAGACUUGCGUACAAGAGAUCGUUAGGGAUCAAGAAGCAUUUAAAGAGAGUUUCUUGCAUCACAUUUGCUCAUCAGAAGCUUAGCUCUCAGAUCAGAGGCAUAAGCAGAAGGAUCUCCAAGGUUAUAGACAAUAUGGAGACGUUUGGAGUUAGAGAGAUUAUAAACAAAGUUGAAGAAGAAGAAGAUCAAGAGACUUUACCGGAAAGAGUUAUGAGUGUUGAGAAACUAGUUGGUCAUCUCGUGGAAGAGAAUGGAGUUCAAGUUGUUUCUGUUUGCGGUAUGGGCGGCAUUGGGAAAACAACUCUUGCAAGACAAGUUUUUCAUCAUGAGAAGAGAUGUUUGACUGUGCUUGAUGAUGUAUGGAGCAGUGCAGCUUGGGAGCUUAUAAAGCCAGCUUUUCCACAUAGAUCAGGUAGCAAGAUCUUACUCACUUCUCGGAAUGAGAGUGUUGGUUUGCAUCCAGAUCUAAGAUGCAUUAUCUUUAGGCCUAGGUUCCUAACUCAUGAUGAUAGCUGGGAAGUUUUUCAAAAGAUAGCUUUGAUUGAGAGAAAUGAUAUAGAGUUUGAGGUUGAUGAUUUAACGGAAGAGAUACAACAAAUGCUCAAACACUGUGGAGGGUUACCAUUAGCUGUAAAAACUCGUGGAGGGUUGUUAGCUACAAAACAAGGGAUAGUGAUGGUGGGAAGUGAAGAGAGUACUAUUGUAGAUGUCGCAGAGGAUUAUCUCGAGAAGUUGGUCAAGAGGAGUAUGGUUUUAGUAGGAAAGAGGAACAUUGUGACAUCAAGAAUAGAAUCUUGUCGUCUACAUGAUGUGGUUAGAGAAGUCUGUUUAUUUAAAGCCAAAGAAGAAAGUUUCAUGCAAGUUUUCAAUGCUCAGAGCAGUGUCUUGGAUGCUACUAGUACUCGAAGAGUUGCUGUACAUUUAGUUGAUGAUGAUGAAAAUGAACCUGUUAUAUUUCAGCAGAGGAAGAUUCAAAACCUCAAAGCAAGGGCCCUUUUGUAUAUCACUAGAGACUUCCAUCCUUGGAUAUUAUCAACCCGGAGUUUUCGAGGUUUAGAAUCUCUUAGAGUCUUGGAUCUCUUUGGAGCUCAGUUCAGAAGACCCAAGUUACAUAAGAGCAUAGGGAAGCUCAUCCACUUGAGGUACUUGAGUUUGAAAGAGACAAACUUGUCUGUAUUACCAUCUUCUCUAGGAAACCUUGAGUUGUUGGUUUAUUUGGAUUUAGAGAUUUAUGAGACAAUGGUUCACAUACCAGAUGUCUUAAAGAAGAUGAAGAAGCUGAGGUAUCUUAUGUUACCUGAUGAACUCAGCAAUAAAACAAAGCUGGAAUUAAGUGGUUUAGUGAAGUUGGAGACUCUCAAGAACUUCUCAUUAAAGCACAGUAGCGUCAAAGAUCUAAUCAAUAUGACCAAACUCAGAACUUUGUGGGUCUGUUGUGCCUAUGGUAACCUUGCAGAAGGAGUCUUACCUUUGUCCCUCGGUGCAUCAUUGAAACACUUGGAGGAGCUAAUGUUAUACAACAAAAGAAACGGCCAAGAACAAGUCCAACCCUCCAAAAUCGAUGCAGGAGCCUUUGUUUCUGGUUUCCAAAGACUUAACCAGCUAAGGUUAGAUAUAGAGAUUGAAACGUUACCUAAUGAACUUCAGUUCCCUUCCUGUAUCACCUCUGUUUCGUUAUCCUCUUGUGUCCUACAAGAGGAUCCAAUGCCAGUUCUUGAGAAGCUACACAGUUUAAAGAUUGUUAGUCUAGAGCUGAAUGCAUUCACAGGGAGGAAAAUGGUCUGCUCGAAAGCCAGGUUCCCUAAACUGCUUACUCUAGAGUUUUGGAUACUCGACAACCUUGAGGAAUGGGUUGUAGAAGAAGAGUCCAUGCCUUGUCUUUGUCAUUUGGAGAUCAAUGACUGCAGAAAGUUGAAGAGUCUUCCUGAUGGGUUAAGGUACAUAACUAGUUUAGAGGAGGUGAGAGUUGGAUGGAUGGAAAAUGCAUUCAAGGAUAAGUUGAUCCAAGGUGGAGAAGAUUACUACAAGAUACAGUAUGUAUCUUAUGUUGUGUUUCACAAUUGCAGUGACGAAUGA